CCCGGAGCUCCGCCGCUGUGCCCGAGUCGGGGGCUGGGGUCGCCGGCACCGGGGCGUGCACGCAGCACGUGGGUGCUGGUCCGCGCGGCUGGGGGGGGCGGGGCGCGUGAGCCCGGACUGGGGGCCUGGCUCCGGGGCCACCCAGCCGGAAGCUCUGCAGCUGCGGCCUUCCCAGUCAUAUCCCGAGGCCGGCGCCGUGUUCCGAGAAAGGUCAGGGGGACCUCCAGGCUCCCACGCGCCUGCGAAAUCCUCCGCCUGCCUUCCCUCGGCCGCAGUUUCUGUUUCUGAGAAACCGGUGAACAAUCUCCAAGUGGACUCUGUCCUGACACCCAAAGCAGCCCAGUUGGGUGCUAUGGGGGCUUCCCGUUGGGUUGUUUUAUCACAUCUGACUUGCAGGCAAAAAGGCCAUGGAUACUUCCGAGCCCACCACAGCCCUGGCCAGCAUUAAUGAGCUGCCGGAGAACAUCCUGCUGGAGCUGUUCCUGCACGUGCCCGCCCGCCAGCUGCUGCUGAACUGCCGCCCUGUCUGCAGCCUCUGGCGGGACCUCAUUGACCUCAUGAUCCUCUGGAAGCGCAAGUGUCUGCGAGACGGCUUCAUCACCAAGGACUGGGACCAGCCCGUGGAGGACUGGAAGAUCUGCUACUUCCUAAGGAGCCUGCAGAGGAACCUCCUGCGCAACCCGUGCGCCGAAGAGGGUAUGUUAGCUUGGCAAAUCGAUACCGAAGGUGGCAACUACUGGAAGGUGGAGAGCCUCCCUGGAGCCCACGGGACAGAUUUUCCUGACCCCAAAGUCAAGAAGUAUUUUGUCACAUCCUAUGAGAUGUGCCUCAAGUCCCAGCUGGUGGACCUUGUAGCCAGCGGCUACUGGAAGGAGCUACUGGACACAGUCAGGCCAGACAUCGUGGUUAGGGACUGGUUUGCCGCCAGAGCCGACUGUGGCUGCACCUACCAACUCAAGGUGUACCUGGCCUCGGCUGACUACUUCGUGUUGGCUUCCUUCGAGCCCGAACCUGUGACCAUUGAACAGUGGAACGAUGCCGCAUGGAGAGAGGUCUCCCACACCUUCUCGGACUACCCUCCAGGCGUCCGCUACAUCCUCUUCCGGCACGGGGGCCAGGACACCCAGUACUGGGCAGGCUGGUACGGGCCCCGACUCACCAACAGCAGCAUCGUCAUCAGCCACAAGAUGACCAGGAACGCGGCCUCCUCCGAGGCUCAGCCUGGGCAGAAGCACAGGCAGGAGAAGGCUGCCCAAUCGCCCUACAAAGUUGUUCUCCCAAUCUGACAGCCGUCCAUCCUGUGUCCGGGUCAGCCAGAGGUUGGGGUGGGCAGUGAAGUCCCUGUACCAGGGGCUUCUGCCCCCGGUUCAACCCUACCAGCUUGUGGAAACUUAAUGUACUGUCACAUAGCUCUGACGUUUUGUUGUAAUGAAUGUUUUCAGUAAAA